AGACACACAAGCACCACCAAGUGGCAAAAUGUAGAAUGUAGUCAUAGUGAUCAAAUAAAUUCGACCUGUUCACAAUAAAAUAAAAAAAAACAUGUAAGGCAAUAGCAUCACGUUUGACAUUGCAUUAAUUGCAUAUUAACUCAUACAUAUAGGAUAGCCAAAGAACGCUAAAAAUCUAUAAAAAAAUAAUUGAGUUUAAUAGUAACAUAGAGGUGGGUUUGUUGUCUGUAAUUUAUUUUUACACUAAUAAUAAUAUAAUUUACUAUAUAAACUAUAUAAAACGACGUUUUCCAGUCAUCACGUGUUCGCCGUAGGUUCUAGAUGUCCUUUACGGGACUCCGUAGUGGCCCCUCCCCUCUACCUGGUAAUUUACUAAAGAUGGCUGAAGCUCCUCCAUGUCCCAGCCGGUUCUUCUGUCACAGAUGCUCGACAGAGAUUAGUCCUCGGCUUCCUGAUUAUACAUGUCCAAGAUGUGAAUCAGGGUUUAUUGAGGAGCUGCUGGAGGAGAGGAGUUCUGAAAAUGGCUCGAUGUCUACCAUCUCCAGUGGGCCCCAGACACAGCGGCCAUUUGAGAAUGUGGACCAGCAUUUAUUUACAUUCCCUUCAGGCUAUGGUCAAUUUGCUCUGGGUGUCUUUGAUGACAGUUUUGAAUUUGGGUCUGGACUUGGAACUGAGGACAAUCGGGAUGCAGAAAACCGACGAGAAAGGGAAACUGCAUCAAGACAACGGUAUAGUGCCAGGCAACCGAGAAGUCGCCACGGCUCGAGACGACAAGUAGGAAGACAUGAGGGAGUUCCCACUUUAGAAGGGAUUAUUCAGCAGUUAGUCAAUGGAAUAAUUGCACCUACUGCAAUGCCAAAUAUUGGUGUUGGACCUUGGGGUGUUCUCCACUCAAAUCCUAUGGAUUACGCCUGGGGGGCUAAUGGACUAGAUGCAAUUAUAACACAGUUAUUAAACCAAUUUGAGAACACAGGACCUCCACCUGCUGAUAGAGAUAAAAUUAAGAGUCUUCCAACAGUACAAAUUUCAGAUGAGCAUGUGGCUUCAGGACUUGAAUGUCCUGUGUGUAAAGAAGAUUACAGUGUUGGAGAAAAUGUGAGGCAGCUCCCAUGCAAUCACAUGUUCCACAAUGAUUGCAUAGUACCCUGGCUGGAACAGCAUGACACUUGCCCAGUGUGCAGAAAAAGCCUAAGUGGACAAAACACAGCAACAAACCCUCCAGAACUAUCAGGGAUGAACUUUACCUCCUCAUCUUCCUCCUCCUCAUCUUCAUCCUCAUCUACCCCUCAGUCUUCAAGCUCGGCCAGCAAUGAGAACUCCACUGAUAACUCCUAGAGACACAUUUGUUCUUAUCAACCUAUGAGCUGUUCAUUGCUCCUAGGCUGUACUUCAGAACAGGGAUCUUCAGUCUCCCCCUGCUAAAAAGCAGAGUCCUGAGUGCAUCUCCUCAGGAGCACUCAAGCCUAAUUCAGCGGUAAGUGAUACAUGAUAUCCAUGUAUUUUAUUGCUUGCCCUGUUUCGUCCACCUUCAUCAGGAACCUGAACAAAUGAAGGAUGGAGGCUUGUAGUGCAGCUUCUGUCAGGGAGGAUGUGGCGAAACGUAAAAACUUCAAGAGGCUGAAAAACCUGAAACGGAGAAAAGAAAACAAAAGAAUCCAAAGGUAGAAAACUCUGGACAUUAAGACAUUUGCAGUGUUUUUGUUUUUUAAUUUCUAAAUUUAUAUGACUUAAAACAACCCACUUUGGCCAGUAAAGCAAAAGAAAAGUUUUUUUGCUUUAUCUGACUAGUAUUCAUAUCACAGAUAAAGUGACUCAAAUUACACGGUUUAAGCGUGCACUUAAGUUGUGUUUGUGACCUAAAGGGGUGUUGCAUUUGGUUAAUUAGGUUCUCAAGAAUUACUAAAGAUUCACUUACAGAUUUAGGAUUACCUGACACCACACAGGUACCACUGUAUGUCACAUUGCAGGAAUUUUGUGCUGUUUUGGACAGUAACGUGAAAAAUAAACUUUAAAUCACACACACACACACACACACACACACACACACACACACACACACACACACACACACACACACACACACACACACACACACACACACACACCUUUUAAAAAUUUCUGCAAGCCCAAGAGUUUUUUUCACAUGAUACACCUAAACAUCUCUGUGCAUCUUAACAUACACACAACUUAAAUAUUUUCUAAAGUUGCCAGUUGAAAACCUGUUGCAGUAUGAUCAUGUAUAAAAUCAUUGAAAAUAAAGUUAUGAGUGUUACCACUCAAAAUCCAUGUAUAUGAAAUUCUCUGUGUGUACAUACAUUCUAAUUGUCUACUCAGGAGCAGGAGAGUAGUCUUAAAGUGGACUGAAUGACUUUGCAUGGCAUUCUAUUUUAAGAAGGGACAACGACUAAGAAAUAUCUUUUUAAUAUCCAGAGGCAGGGUUGGUUUCCUUUGCUGCAGUGAAUGUGUGGUACUGUGGUCAGACACUAGAUGAGAGUGCAUUACUUAAAAUGAGCAGGACAUUUUCUAUUGUGUAUUCAUUGGUACAAGAAAUAUUUUACAAUUGAACAAACAUGACACAUUUGUUCUAAUAGCACAUAAAUAAAGUGGUUGAAUGUUGAACCUGUUUGGCAAACAAUUGGGCUGUAUACUGGUUUGUGUUGCCCAGUACAAAUGAUGUGUUCCUUUGACGUCUUGCAGGCUCAUAGAAUAACCUAGUAUGAAGCGGUGAACAAUAGCAUCAUUAGUGUGCACUGCUGGAAGUGGAAUUCAAUGCAUAAUACUGUUUUUGUGUUAGUUCAAAGUAACGCCUCAACUAAAGGCAUGCAGAUAGUAAACAAAGUCUAUAUUCAGUGCUUCACCGAGUACCUGUCUGCUUCAUCUUAUCACCAAGCUAAUAAACUCUGCUUCCUUUAAUUGUUUAGA